CCCCACCUGCUGCCUGCCGCCUUGCCUCUGGCCAUGGCCUGUCUGAGCCUGGUCCUCCUGAUGGGGACCUUCCUGGCAGCCCUGGCCCAGCGUGAUGCCCUGCUGGUCUUCCCGGGCCAAGCGGCUCAGCUGUCCUGCACACUCAACCCUCCGGAGGCCCCCAUUGGGGACUACACCGUGUCCUGGUACCAGCAGCGGCCAGGCAGCUCCCCCCGCUACCUGCUCUACUAUCGCUCAGAGGAGGACCACGGGCGGCACGAGGACGUUCCUGACCGGUUCUCGGCAACCAAGGACCCAGUUCAUAACGCUUGCAUCCUCACCAUCAAUCCCGUGCAGCCCGAAGACGACGCGGACUACUUUUGCGCCGUGGGUUACUACUGAACUCCUGGG